AACUUGAUACUCUUGUAUGAAGUGGCUGCUGGGUGCCAGCAUGAUGGUGGGGUUGCAAAGAGAAUGAGGCCCUGCCUGCAGGAGUACCCAGCCUGAUGGAGGAACCAGACAUGUAAACAACUCACUGGACAAUUGUGGGACGGAAAGUGCCAAGUGCUUAAUAGGCCCCUGGAGAGCACCAAAAAUCACUUUCUUUUGACAGGUGGAUGGGUCGUCAGUGUCUUCCUACUUACCCUCUUCCCACACCUGCUACCCCAGCCCACGACCCAGCCACAGGCCUGUGCCUUUCUGGCUACCUCCUCCUGGAAUGCCUUCUGCUCAGGGUCAUCAGCUCUUCCCUUCCAUCUAAGAACAGGGAAAAUUGUCAGGGUGCAGAAGGGAGAAGCAUAGGGGCUCUGGAGUCCAGAAUGUGGGGAGUGAGAUAGGGUCUGGGGUUACCUGGGGUCCUGCUCCAAAGGCGGUUAGAGACUAAGAGACACAGGGAGGUUGAUGAGUCAGAGGGGAGGCUUGAGAACGUAGAUCUGAAAGAAUCUGGAAAAGAGGGCCACCCAGAGUGGGAAAGUGGUGUCAGUGGUCCCAUUCCCCUUUCCUGGAAUACCGUACAGGAGGUCUGGGGACCUGCCUUCGCUGAUGCCUUUCUGUCUGUCCCUGUCUUUCCCCAUCCAUACCUUCUCCUUUUCAUGGCCACCUUUGUGUCUGUGGACUCUUCCUCUGGGUGCAUCCUAUCCAUUUGUGUCUUCUUUGCCAUCUGGGUCUCCCUGCCUCCAUCCUUGACUCUGACUCCUCUCUGUCUCGUGUGGGUAUCUCUCUGCACUUUCCUAUAUUGGCAUUCCAUUCCCUUUUUCUGUUCCCAUGGCUCACUUUGGGCUGCUUCUCUUGUCCUCGGCCUCAAUCCGGUGUGACUAUUUCUCUCCACAUCCCUGUCUUGUCUGCCUGUUGUCCCUGACACUGACCUUUGUCCCUCCGUCCCUGCAUCCAUCUCUGUGCUGGGUCCUACCACUGCAUCUCACUCCUCAUUCAUCUUGGCCCUUUCCCCACCCAUCUGAGCAGCAGCGUCCCAUCCAGCCCUCUUUCACCAAGUCCCUCUGCCGAGAGUCCCACUGGAAGUGCCUGCUGCUCUCGCUGCUCAUGUACGGCUGCCUGGGGGCCGUGGCCUGGUGCCACGUCACCACGGUGACCCGCCUCACCUUCAGCAGCGCCUACCAGGGCAACAGCCUCAUGUACCACGACAGCCCCUGCUCCAACGGCUAUGUCUACAUCCCCCUGGCCUUCCUGCUCAUGCUGUACGCCGUCUACCUGGUGGAAUGUUGGCAUUGCCAAGCCCGCCAUGAGCUGCAACACCGAGUUGAUGUGAGCAGCGUGCGGGAGCGUGUGGGCCGGAUGCAGCAGGCCACACCCUGCAUCUGGUGGAAGGCUAUCAGCUACCACUAUGUCCGACGCACUCGCCAGGUCACUCGAUACCGGAAUGGAGAUGCCUAUACUACCACCCAGGUCUACCAUGAGCGCGUCAACACGCACGUGGCAGAAGCGGAGUUCGACUACGCGCGCUGCGGGGUCCGGGACGUGUCCAAGGCGUUGGUGGGGCUGGAGGGCGCGCCGGCCACGCGGCUGCGCUUCACUAAGUGCUUCAGCUUCGCCAGCGUGGAGGCCGAGAACGCGUACCUGUGCCAGCGCGCUCGCUUCUUCGCGGAGAACGAGGGCUUGGACGACUACAUGGAGGCGCGCGAGGGCAUGCACCUCAAGAACGUGGACUUCCGCGAGUUCAUGGUGGCCUUCCCGGACCCGGCCCGGCCCCCGUGGUACGCCUGCUCGUCAGCCUUCUGGGCCGCGGCGCUGCUCACGCUGUCGUGGCCCCUGCGCGUGCUGGCCGAGUACCGCACGGCCUACGCGCACUACCACGUGGAGAAGCUCUUUGGGCUGGAGGGCCCCGGCUCGGCGAGCAGCGCGGGCGGCGGCCUGAGCCCCAGCGAUGAGCUGCUGCCCCCGCUCACGCACCGCCUGCCGCGGGUCAACACGGUGGACAGCACGGAGCUCGAGUGGCACAUCCGCUCCAACCAGCAGCUGGUGCCCAGCUACUCGGAGGGCUCCCGACGCAGCUGUCUCUGGCGCAGCCGGAGCGGGAGCAUCAACGAGGCGAGCUGCCCCACGGAGCAGACGCGGCUGUCCAGCCAGGCCAGCAUGGGGGACGACGAGGAGGACGACGACGACGAGGAGGAGGCCGGGCCGCCGCCACCCUACCACGACGCCCUCUACUUCCCUGUCCUCAUCGUGCACCGGCAGGAGGGGUGUCUGGGCCACAGCCACCGGCCACUGCACCGCCAUGGCUCCUGCGUAGAAACCUCACUGUGACCUCCGGCCCCUGGACAGGUCAGGCCCGCCGUCCUCCUGCCUGCCCCUCGCUGACUGAGCUCCCUGCGUGUAGCAGGGGCAGUC